GAUUUAUCUUUAACAUGUACCAAAAUUAUUGAUUUAUGGAUAUGAUUUUUGAACCAUAUAUGAUAAAUUCAUUCAUAAUGGACUUGAAAGCUAUUACAAGAUAGUAGAUUGACGAGGAAGAUCAUGCAUUUAUUAUUCGAACGCUUGAUUAAAUAAUACUUGAUAGUACUAGCCGGCAGACUAGCUUCGCUUGCCUUAUCCGUCUAGCCAGGUUUCCUGGAUAAACAGAUAACAGGUUGUAAAUGCUCAUACAAAUGGGAAAGUGGAUGAAUUGCCAAGUGCUAUCAUGAUGAGAACCCUUUUGGAUGUUGUUCAUCAGGAGAUCGAUAGAAAAACUCUACCCACAAUAAUCGCAAAUGAUCCUACUUUUCUUUAUUUGACGACCGGUUACAAUAUCACCGCGUUUCUGAAUGACAAGAUCACUUACAACAAAUUUCAAAUGUAUAUUACUGCUUUCAUGCAAGAUUACAAAUUCUUGGCUGACAACAGAGAGUAUAGACAACUAGUUAGUUUUGUCAGUGAUUACUGGUCGGAGAGAAAAAAUAAAGAAUUCUAUGGUCUCUCGUAUCCAGACGGUGGAUUCAAACGUGAUUAUUUGGCUGCAUACCUUGAAACAAAGAGAUCGAAAAGGCAUCUGUCUCCCGCACUCCUGGAAGUAUUGAAGACUGAUGUCAAAGUAUAUGAUGCGCUUAACCGGGUAUUGGCCAAUCGGAUUACAGUAUUGAUGAUGAACAAAGCUAAUAUAUUUGAGGAAAGAUUUUUCUUCGAGCACAUAUUCAAUUCGAUCGACGAUCUACACUUCAGUGCCAGCAUAACGAAGUACUACCAAUGGCAAAGCACCUUUAGCAAUUACAUUGAAAAUAUGAAAUCAAUAUUAGACCAGCUCAUGGUUUUGCUAGAACCAAAGCUAAAGUGCAGUGAAUGAUUGAGAGUAAUUCAAUUAGCAGCAUUAUUGUUGCUGAUGGAAGGUUAUGUUGAAUGGAAUCAAUAAUUUGGUUAGAGAAUAAAAUGUGGUU